AGAAGGAGGUUGCCCUGGAAGACAUGCAGGACAAUGAAGAGUAUGACCCAGACACACAGUACGGGUCCAGUUUCAUGGUUCCAGUGGCCGGGUUCCUCUGUAGACUCUGCCACCAGUUUUACCAGUCUGGGUCCACGGCUCGUCUGAAGCACUGCAGGUCCCUCCUGCACUUCCAGAACCUGCAGAAAUACAGAGCCUUAAAGAAGCAGGGAGACCCAGGGGAGACAGAGCCAGGCACAGGCAACAGCACCGUGGAGGCCCACCUCGCUCUGGGAGAGCAAGACGGAGGAGCAAGGAAGGGGGGCAGCAGAGACGGAGGACUGGAGGUCGAUGGCAGCUCCAGCGGGUGUCCCCGGAGCAUGGGGACCGCAAAGGGCUGGCCGGAGGACCCUGCCAGCUCGGACAGGGGCCCGGACUCCAGCUGCCCCCCCGUCACCAGCACCGGACAGGCCACAGCAAGGCCCCUCCCCACGCCGUGGGAAGAGGGGUCCCCGCUCACCGCGAACCACCAGGACACCAGCACCGCCAGCCCCCCUGCCUCCUGCGCCCCCAACGAGGAGGAGCCGGAGGAGGAGCAGAGGGAGGAGGACCCGGCUAAGGGGGAGCAGGAGGAAGAGGCGGUGGCGGGAGAGAAGUCGGCCACGGUACGCACGCGGGCGGCUCCCAAGAGGAGGUCGGGGAGGGCGGCCAGGAGGCGCUGAGGGAGGCGGGGGGGAGAGAGAGCGAGCGAGAGAGAGAGAGGGACGGCCGACAGCAGUCGAACUGGGAACCCAGGCCUGUCCUCCCAAUCCUGUGGAGGUGGGCGUUUCUCAUGGGGGGGGCUAGGAGCGAGAGAGAGAGAGAGGAGCCCCCUCCCCUUUCUGCUACUGAAACCUCGGCACAGGAGACGAAACCCAGACGAAGGGUGAUUUACUUAACUGGGCUUUAAUGAAAGGUGGGGUUUUGGAGGGAGCCAGCCCCAGUGGAAUCGGUAUGAUAUGACCGGAGGGAAGGAGUUUACUCUGAGAGGGGGGGAAAAAACAUUAAACAAGAUUUCUGUGUUGACUAGCUUUGGCUUGAUCUUGAAGUGUAAAAAAAAAAAAAAAGAAAAAGAAAAAAAAAAAUAGAGAGAACAAGAGCGGGGUUCCGUUUCUAACGAGACUGUGCCACCACAGGUGACCUGCAUUCUGUCUUAGUCGGUGAGAUUGACGUAGCGGUUAGUUGAAGCCCUGUUUGCCAUGCCGCAGACGAGACGCCUCGUGUUCAUAGUAAGCUUUAGAAUGUAGCUGCACAGAACCAAGCGAAGCUUCCUGCUAGGUUACCAGCCUGCGAGCCUUUCAGACCUGCUGUAAAAACGUAUGUAUAUGACUCUGGUAUUGCUCUGACAGUGGCAGCGUAAGACGUUGGUGAGCAGGAUGAGAGGGUCGGGUGUCACGGCUGCACUCGUCUUUUUUUGGAGAGAGACCUCAAUGUAUGCACCCCUCCUCACUGCGCACUUACCCCUCUCUUUUUUUUUUUUUAGAGUUUUAACUCACGAAUGUUAUGAAGAUGUAGACAUUUUACUUUUUUUGUAGCAUCAAAGGGGAAAACAUGUUCAAAGGGAUGGCUCUUCAGGCCCUGGAGUCUGUCCUCUCUCUUGUUGACAGAAAUCAGGCAGCUGUGGCACUCCUGAAUUGGUACUACUGAAACCACAGUUUAAAAAAAACAAAAAAACAAAAAAAAAACCAUAAGUAUUAGAAGAACAAGGCUCUCAAAAAGCCUUGGUGAUGAGGGAAGAUAGCUGUAAAAAGAGCAGCCUUUGGAAAUGAAGACAUUUAAAGAUUUAUGUAGAGAAGCAUAAUGUGGAGGUUAAAGGCACAUAACAGGGUCUGACGAAGGCCUAGAACAGAGUGAGACAGUACAGGUGUACCUGCCCUUAGGUGCUCGCAUGUUUUACCUGCUCUCAGGGGCUGGUGAGAUGUUUCCUCAGAAGCCUUUGUCAGGGAAAUGCACUGUGCCCUUGUCACAUGCUUCAGUAAUACUUACGUUUGCCUGACAAAGCCAUUCUGACGAGAGGAGACAAAUCGCAUCGCAGUCACCCGAGUUCAUGCGGAACACACAGUACAUCAGUCCUUAAGUGAAGGUACAGCUGCCUUGUCUCUUUGUGGGUGUUCGAGUCAAAUCGUUCAGCACUCAUGGGCCCGUUUGGUAGAAAUAAAUCACUACCAGUGCACAGUGUUACUUCACCGGUCCUCAUGCUUGAAGUGGAUGAUUUUAAAUGAUUUGGCGGCAGAAGGCCGUUUUGUUUUAGUGAUUAAAAACACUGGACCUGUGACCUGAGUCAUGGGGUUAUAUUCUGCUGUUGUUCCCAGAAGGAAGGCACUGAACUGGAAUUGCGUUAGCAGCAUCUAUGCUGUAUAAUUGCAGUGUUAAAGAAUACGUAAAAUAAGCAGCUCUGAAUGUCAGGGCUUUGAAUUCUGCUUUGCACAGAUACAGGCAGUGAGCUGCUCUGAACCUGGCUACAAGAGGGUUAGGCAUACCCAUAUGGCAUUGCCACUGUGGAGUCCCCAUCCCACAAUCUCUGUGGGAGCACCAUAGAGUACAGUAUCCAACCCAUAUGCUCUGUGGGAAUACCAUAGAAUAUGGUACCCAAUCCACAAGCCCUGUGGGAAUACGACAGUGUACUUAGUCACUUUUUGGUAGUGUACCACAGGUGGGCUUGCCUCACUUAUCCAUUAACAAACAUGUCUGAUGACAACUAUGCUCAAAACUGAGAUAGUGUGCACAUAGGCUUGCCAACCAAAAGCAGUGGAUGUUUCACCAGCUCAAUCAGCACUCAGAGGGCAAGAGACAAGUGGGUAAGGAGCGAAAAAAAAAAAGCUCCCUACAGUUAGGGGUUAUCUGUGUAUACUUAUCUCAGCUAGUAAUAAUUAUAUUUGUAUAGCAGCUUUGAUAAAAAGUUUUCAGAGUGCUGUACAAAGGAAAGAAACACAAGCAGGACACUGAGUGAAAUCAAAAAGAAUUGAUUAAAAAUAAAACCAGGAAGUUUCAAGGAAACAAGGAAAUGAAAGGCAGACUAAGCUGUGGUUGUCAUCAAAUGUGUGCAAAUCUGUCUGCCAGUAGGGCCUGGCACCAGUCCUGAGCUCACAAAACUGGCUCCUUAUGUUACAUGUCAUUUUUUUUAACCCCUUCUGAGGUCUUAGUUGUUACAUCUAAUGUGUCAGACCCACAUGAGCCCUCUGUUCCUCACUGGCCGAGCUUAUCCUCGUCGUUACUGUCCUUUAUCUUUAAUGACUGUGUGGGGUGAAGUCAAUACGCUGUAGAAGUCGCUCAGCUCACGGUCAGCCCGUGCAAAUGCCUGAGGAGGCAGCUGAUUGGCUGGUGGACAGGACCGUGGCUUUGACCGCGUGUAGCA